AUGUCGAUUGUGUGCUUCUUCUCGCACCGUUUUCUCUCCGUCCUCCGUUGCUUUCGCUCCGUGGUGUGUGCAAAGGGCGCGUGGAUGACAGGGGCUGUUGUGGUGCUGUUGCGCGACUCGUACAGCGCGCUAGCAUUGCUGCUCGAGGUGCGGCGGCACCGCCGCGAUGCGCACCUGCGCAGCGAGAUCGCCGACUACGUGCUGCUCUCGCUGCCCGCAGAGGCAACAGUGCCGCUGGUGGACGCUGCGUGUCGCCCCGCGGCGCUGCGGCUCGUGAGCAUCGGAGUGUCGCCACAUGCCGGUCUGUUGUGCCUCGUCGCGCUG